AUGGCAGCUCAGCAGCCUAUCCUGAUUAUCGGUGCUGGCAUUGCUGGACUCACGCUCGCUCAAGCCUGCAGGAAAGAGAACAUUCAAUAUCGCUUGUUCGAUCGUGAUGAAAGCCCUUCAGCUCGAGGCGCCGGCUGGGGUCUCACGCUCGCUCAAUCACUGCCGGCCUUCAGAUCUCUUCUGCCCGAUGAUAUAGUCGCACGAUUGCCAGAGACGUAUGUCAAUAUCGAAGCCGUAAAUGCAGGUGAUCGCGGCAAUUUCACCUACUUCGACCUCUCAACUGGAGAGGCAAGAUGGAAGACAGCGCCUGCGGAGAGGAUCCGCGUCAGCAGAAGGCGCCUAAGAGACCUGAUGCACACCGGAUUGAACAUGGAGUGGAACAAGACCUUGAAAGAUGUGGUUUCUAAUGAUGUCGGCGUCGAAGCCUUCUUCACAGACGGCACAUCAGCUACCGGCAGUCUACUCCUGGGCUGCGAUGGUGCACAUUCUCUUGUUCGUCGGAUGUUGCAUCCAVCAGACAACAAGAACUGGCAGCUGCCAAUUCGGUUCAUCGGUGCUGGUGUCAAAUACCCAGAAAGCAAGAUCGAGGGGAUACGCAAACUCGAUCCGUACUUCCUCCAAGGCAGCGAUCCACGAACAGAUGUCUAUCUGUGGUUCUCAUUUCUGGAAUGCCCCGGCGAUCAUGGUGCUCCAGCAGAGAAGGAUGAAAACGGAGAGAAGAUAUACCGCUGCCAGAUCAUGACUUCUUGGCCAUACCGGGAUGGAUUUUUCGGGCGGGUUGAUCCUUCGAACGUGCCGAACACUGAUAUUGGGCAACUGAUAUGGAUGAAAUCCCUUUCUUCUGAGUGGGCGGAGCCGUUUCGCUCGAUUGUGCAAGAUAUUCCGGAUGAUUCUGAGAUCAAGCCCGUCGUUCUCGAAGACUGGAUUCCUCGUCGCAGUGAUCCAACUCUCUUCCAUAGCAGACUUGCUUUGGUCGGCGAUGCUCAACAUGCCAUGGUAAUGUAUCGAGGCGAAGGAGCGAACCAAGCCGUCAUCGACGCUUCGGUACUGUUCAACGAGAUUCGGCCUCUUUGCAAACCUUCUGGGGCCAUCGAAAGCAAGGCUUUGCAAGACGCUAUCGCGAGAUACGAGACUGAUGCGGUCAAACGCGGAACGCUCGCUGUGCUGGCGAGUCGAAGGGCUUGUUUGGGUGCACAUGACUGGCGGAGGGUGAAUGACGACAGUCCAAUUGUCAAUAGAAAUGUGACAAGGGAGGAUCUGGAGGAUGUGAGGCCUGAGAGGGGAUGA